UUAACGUGAAUCAGUCAUGCUUAGGACGCUGUUCUCGUACAGACUUGUUUUCCUCGUGCAACUGCUAGGUAUUUUUCGAAAAUAAGUAUAACAAUUUGGUAUAUUGAUAUCUACACUAAAUAAUAUACAUUUAAUAAUUAAUUUCGAAAUUUUAACUGUAUAGUGAUUAUAUAGAUUAUAUGGACCAUAUAUCUGUAACACAUUGUCAAUUUUAAAUUUGAGUCAAGAUCUGUUUAUUGAAUUCCCAUAAGGUAUAUUGCGGAACGUAAUAACAACGAUAGUUCCUAGAUGUCAAUAUUUAAAUGUUCUGUUAUAUUGUGAAGUAUCUGCAGAAUGUCGUCAUGACGAAGGCGGUGGCUUUAUCAUUGGUCACUCCUUCAGACCGCAGCGGACUACACACGUCCAUGUACUUUUGGCUGGCGCUGUUGGCUGUGUGCCAAUGCCUAUCCGGGACACCGACCACGGCGUCGACAACUCGCCAUUGGAGCUUGGCCGAACUUUCGGUGACGUCUAGCGAACUGCCCAAACAGAUACCGGCGCCGCCUUACCCUGUACAGCAAAGGAUCCAAUCGACUCCGCACUACGAUCAACAGCUGAAAUUGCCGUCCGGAAACGGCGUGGGUUCGCGGCACCACUACUAUCCGUGGACCCGACCGACGGUAUCGAUUAUUUGAGCAGACAGAUUUCAUCGUUACCUUUACUCGUCGUCAUCAUUGCUUUGCCCACAAUUUCAUCACUAAUCAUUAUUCGACGACCGCGGCAACCGGAACCGCACUGAAACGGGCCGGUUCCUUACAGACAGAUAGUAUUUGUAGUUACACAUUAUGCAAAAUACGAAUCCAAUACGGGUUGUACACAGGUUUGACUAGAACCCACAGGUCAACACAGUUAAUUGGACCCCAAACCGAUCCAAUUCUUUCAAGUAAAAGUAAUCCAAACUUUUAGUAUGUCAAGCAAGAGAAGCGUGAAUUACCCAUCCGCGGAAUCGGAGCAGAUAUGCAAAUCAAAUUAUAAAAAAGGUUCCAGUUCCUGAAUCAUCAAUUUUCGUAGAGUCGGUUUAACAAUACUAAACCAACAAUAAUUAUAUUGUUAUUCAUAUA